CGCAGGCACGGAACAACACAACGGAACAUGCAAGCGAAUGCACUCGUUUUAAAAGUUCAAAGAAAUGGUCAAUUUAACAUGAUAAGGUACACUUUAUAUCUAUUUCUUUCUUUAUGCGCGCUAGAAAGCACUUGAGCAAGUGUGUCGAAGUUUAGUAUGAACCGAAGUAAAUAUAAUAUGGCUGAAACGUGAAUGGGUCUCAAAAUGGACAAUGAUAGACAGAUACAUACAGUAACACAAGGCUGUAGGUUUAAACUUUACAUAUUUGCUUUCUUGUCAAAUUAAACACAUACGUCUAUUCUAAAAGAGACAAAAUGUAUUUAAAUAAAGUUUAACACUUUAGGGGAAUAAGUAAACACUUUCACAGGUGUUGAACCGCGGAGUGCUCAUUUACUGUAUUGUGGCAAAAUAUUCAUCGCUUCACAGCAUGUCUUGCCAAUUUUGAAUAUAAAUAGCCGAACUUUGCUGUUACUGUAUUAAUUCGUGAAAUAAAAUUCAAAACAACAGUAUUUUCGUAGCCGCCUUUGCGCUUUCAUUAUCAACAACAAAAAUAUGUCUGGUUAUAAAUAUGUAUUAUUACCAACCUGUCAAUAAUUAAUUGUUCAUAGAAUUUAUAGUUUAGGCCCUAAUUUCUCAGGCAUUCUUUAUAGAUUUCGCUUGUUUUGAACUGCAAAACAUACAAUGUGAUUGUGUCUAAGUUAGAUACUAGUUAAUUCUUCAUUAGCAAUUGAACAAUGUUCGACAAAGACCUAGGAAUGACCCUAAGUGUGUUUUCAAGUGCCCCUUUGUUUGCCGACAAGUACAAGACGACUACAUAUAUUAAAUCCACAUUAUUGUUGCACAUCUCUGAUAAUCUGAUGCCCAGCAUAAUUACAGAUUAUCAUGAGGGACGAGGCAAUAUCAGUUUUAUUGCUUGAGAGAUGAUAUCGUAAAUGUUCCAAAUGAGCACAGCGAACAAGGAACAUUUACGGAUAUUGUCCUGAAAGCGAUGAAACUGAUGUUGCCUCGUCCUGACUAUGAUAUAUGUAUACUUGCGCCUUUAUCAGAAUUGGGUCAUUCCAGAAAACAUCGUACCUCCCCACAGAGGAAAUUGGAAGUGAACCCCCCUACCCCCUUUGGAUGUUCUAAUACACUUACUAUUAUCAGAAACAAAUUUUUCUUAACUCCCCCUCUGGACAAUAUUCCUCCUUGGGGGCAUGGGGGCAGGAUGGAUCUUUUCUGUAACAGCCCAUUACAAAUAUAGUGCUACAAAUAUAGCAGGACAAAAAGCGAUAUCAGUGACAAAAAAUAUCAUGCACAUAUUGUUUUUAUGUCGCCCUGAUAAAGGCACAACCAUGUGACAAAUGAAUUUCUACAAUAUACAAAUAAAUGAAAUAUAUGUGCUAUUUUGCAGCUAUUGUUCAGGCAUUUACGUAACCGUAGCAUGAAUCGUACCUACUUGGUUAUUGUCAAACAUGUGAAGAAUGCUCGCUACACAACCACCCUUGAAUUGCAUCUUGAGUGAGAAUUUCUCACCAAGACAGAAAGCUAUGAAGAAUGGUAGUAAGAAUGACCAUCUUGUUUUCACUCUGGAAGAUGACAUUUCUGAUCAAGUACUCAAGUCUAAAAGUAAGUGUUUUUUAUAGUGUACAUGGAUUGGACUGGGUAUUGGUCGGUUUUUCAGUCUGUCGGUUGCUUAGUCGGUCGGUUAGUUGGUCUUUCUGUUUGUUGGUUGGUUUGUGGGUCAUCAGUUGAUCAUUUGGUGGGUCGGUUGGUCGGUUGGUUUGUUAUGUAGUGGGUCAGACAGUCGGUUGGUGGGUCAUCAGUUGGUCAUUUGGUGGGUUGGUCGGUCGGUUGAUUGGUUAUGUAGUGGGUCAGACAGUUGGUUGAUGGGUGAUCAGUUGGUCAUUUGGUAGAUUGGUUGGUCGGUUGGUCAUUCAGUGGGUCAGUCUGUUGGUGGGUCGUCAGUUGGUCAUUUGGUGGGUUAGUCGGUCGGUUGUUCAAUUGGUCGUUCAGCCAGUUGGUCAGUCUGUGAGUUUCUUAAAUGGACAUUCCUGUAUUCAGAUGACAAAGACACAACGCCAGGCUCAUCUUCAGUUGCGUUGUGGAUUAAAUCAUUGAAAGAAAGCAAUGCUGCUUUUGAUGACUCAAGCCAAGACUAUCAUGCUUAUACUGGUAAUUAACAUUUGCUUGUCUCACUUACUUUUGUUUGCUUUAUAUCACAAUUACUCUACUGAUAUAAAUUCCUGUAGAAAAUUUGAUAAUUGGCCCAGUUUUUACUAGAGAUGGUCAUCUGUUAAGAUGCAUCAUCAUAGGCAUACCAGAGGGGGGCUACAACCCCCGAUUAAUUUUUAGUUGGGCAGAUUCUACUUGAAAAUGGGCAGAUUUUACUUAAUUCUGCAGACCCCAGCUUUCUCACACAGUUGUUCAACUACCAUUCACAGACCUUCAGAAGUUGAUGCCCUCCCCUCCCCAUCCCCCUCCUCAGUCAAUAGACCUCUUUUCUAAUGAUGUCAAACGCAGAUAAACACUUAAUACGACGACGCACGAAACUAUUUUUAACGACAUUUUAGCAACGCAAAUCGUUGCCAAGCCAAUCAAAUUACAUGUAACAUCAUUUGCAUUGCGAAUUGUCGCUAAAAAUAGUUAUGUGGGACAUCGCGUUAAGUCUUCACUGAAAAAUGUCCGAGCCUACGUUGUAGAAGUUUUAAAUAGCAUCGCAUUUCACACUCCUACAGUGUCUUGGAAACGCAAGACAAUCCCAUUCGCUUGUCACGUGUGAUAACGGUUAUUAUUGUGUGUGUAAUAUUGUUGUAUUUUCAAGGUUCUUCGAGUGAUGCAGACGACUUACAACUUGGCGCAGAAGCGACUGACCUUCGUAGAAAACACAAAACUCACAAACAUCCUCCUCCAUUAAGGUUUGUGUAUUAUUUUACCAUCUCAACUGACCAUGAUAUAAUGUUGAGUUGAUCUCUGCUAGUGUAAGUUGUGACAAUAACACGAGAAAGCUGCGUAUAUUGAAAGAGAUUCGACAACCUGAAAAAUACAAGGAGAACGUCGAUGUUUCGAGCGAAGACCCGACAAAUGGUCAAUUCUCCUUGUAUUUUUCAUGUAGUUACAUCCCUACCAAUCCGAAGUUGCACUCAAUGAGUUAAUGGUAUCAAAACAGUUCACUGAAUUUUAAUAACAUUUAUUUGCGUCACAGAUGUUUUUCAAAUUUACCCGAGUUAUUCUUUGCAAUCUACAUUUUAAUAAACGCAGAAACGCAGCUGUAAUCUCACGCAAGUUUAGCUAGCCACGCGCAAAUUCCAUGAACUCGUUGCGUUAAGCGAAUGUGCAUGAGGUAAGUGGCUACGUUUACUCUGUAUACCACAUAGCUUUCCGUAGCGACGUGAAAACACAUAUCCGUACUUUUAGGAACGCUAUUUUCAGAGGAAUUAUUGCAACGGAAAGAUGUUUCGCUCAGCUUCUGAAAGUUGUACAUUCCGUAUCGGCUAGGUGCUUUUUCGCGCCGCUUAGUGGAAACGUAUAGUGUAAAUUAUAUCAGUUCAGUAAACGUUACUUUUACAUAUUAAUUAUUGGUUGAUCUGCAAUUAGGAAUUGUCUCAACUUUGUUGCAAAAUCAACUUGAUCAUACAAGAUUUUUGUCGAAGAUUUGCAGAGUAUAUAUAUAUCAAUUCAUAUAUAGCGUCUCUGCGCGCAGGCUACACAAAUUCAGAUCAACCCGUAUUCUUCGUUUCAUAGUGAGGAUUUUGGUUAUAUUUUAGCCGCGACAGUGAUUCAGACAGUAGCUACAACAGAUGGUUUUCAUGCACGGGACGAAGACAAUUUUUAACGAACCGCUUGUCGUAUGAUAGAUCACUAGAUAGCGACACUUCUGGCUUAUCUUCAGUCACAAGGUUCGUAAAAUAACGAGUUUUUCUUUUAAAAUACAUUUGUGCGCUCUGGGAUUCAUUCUGCAACUCUGGGUUUAUUUUCGUCUAUUUGAAAUUUGCAUUAACUAUAUUUUAAAAAACAUAUUGUUAUACAACCUUUUGCCAAAACAACCCACGCCGAAAUUUGUUCAUUAAUUUUGGAAAUUGAUUUUUUUAUGAGAUAGCGUUUUUUGUACAAUUAUUAAAAAUCGUUAAAAUUACUGUAAUAUAUCAUAAAUAAAUUGAUUGUACACGGGAACACUAAAACUUAAUAAAGCCGUAUUUGAACAAUGUUCAACUGUUUGACAGAAAAUACAAAAUGUUAAUAAAUGAAGGCAAACAAUAGCUUUAUUAAAAUAACUCGUACGCUAUUUUUCCUUAUAGUGUUUCGAGUUUGUUAACGGCGAGAGAAAGUGAUCCCGAAGAUGUUUUAAAAGGUUUAGGAUUUCGUGGCCCCAGUGUCCUUGAUAGAAUUCCAGAUAGAUUUAUCAACACUGGAACCGUAUGUGAUGGAGUAGAUUCGAGACAGUUUCUGUAUAGCGUGAAUGACGAUUCUGAGGACGCCAUGCAUACGGUAAGUGGAGCGCUUUUAUGGGCUGUACGAGUUUAUUGAGUUUCUCAGUCAUCGGUGAACGGAUUUCCCAACAGCUUUUGCUCAAUUGAUAGGGGAUCCGAGGUACGUACGAUUUAACAUCCUUAUCCGAGAAGACGCGAAAGUCUAGCCAUUUACUGAUGUCAAUGUAAACGCGUAGCCCUUUCUCCUCAAGUAUUUGAAGAGCUUGAGUAGAGGUCCGACCAAGGACUGAACCCGAGUCUCCCAGCGGCUUGAAAGGCAAGCGUGGUGACCACGGCACCACAUGAGUUGGGCUAGCUGGCUCGCCAGUGCCGAAAUCCAGCCUCGCAAGAAUAUUAACUGUACUUCUCAUUGUUAGAAUUCUGAAAUUCCUCCGUGGGUUAUGACAAGAUUCGAUGACAUUCCUACAAAAUUUUGGAACCAGAAAGAAGACCCUUUUGAAUCCGCUGACGAAGGGGAGGAUGUGCCCCUUGUCAACGAGCCGUCAGAUGAAGCCAUAGAGGAGAUCCCCAUACGCCUUCCUAAAACUUUUCCUUCGAAAUUUGGCACGUACCUCGAGCCAGUGACGGAAGAAGCUGAACUCUCUUCACAAGGAAGUGUCGCCCUAAGCCCGAUGAAAAAUAUAAGUUUUGAAAGUACCCGUUCCACUUUGAAAGCAAACAGCCAAGAUGGUCCCGAAAACAUGGCUAAAAUACCUUCUUUGUGCGAUCUGUGGCAGAAUACCGAGGACGAAGGAGAAGUCAAUUCUGAAGCAUAUCGAAGUGAAGAUCAUGGUAUUGCCUCUGAUGAUACCGGGAAUAACAUGCCUGCGAGUAAUAUACCCGAGGAAAUUGAUCAAGGUUUGUUUUAUUUUAUGUUAAAUUAAGCUCGUUUACACUUGCGAUUUUUCCUUUGGGGGCGGGGGUGCAUAUUAGAUAGAUGUCCGUAGGUAGAGGUUUAAAUGCAAUUGAAUGAUAGUGUUUAAAGUACGCUAUGGCUCUUCUCGUGUCUUCUAGGUUACAACGGAGAUUGGAUUGACAAAAAUAGAGACAAUUCAAUCGACCCAUGGAGUUCAACGCUUACAAUUGCUGAGGUCCAGCCGACGACUGCUGAAGACAGUCCAGUUAACCCAUGGAGUUGGACGCCUGCAAUUGCUGACAUCCAAGACAUUCCAGCUAUCAGUAGCGGUCAGUGGUCUUCUCCCCAAACCGAUACAGUACCAUCUUUGUCUGCUUAUCUAACUGAUAACAAUACGCCGGUUUCGGAAGGUCAUCGGGAAUCGUUGGAAGUCGAGAGCGAACCGACAGAUAACCGAUGUCAGGAAGUCACCAACAGUGAUAAAUUGACAAAACCCAAUACUUCAAAUAACCUGCCUGAUUUGACCCCAAAACAUCCUAGAUUAAGUAUUCCGAUUUUAACAAUUUCUGAACCGGUUGAAAAAUCUCGAAAAAUAUCUACAGUCAAUGCCCCGGACAUAGAUAAACUAUUGCCAAUAAUAUGGCCUGACAAAUCCGAAGAAACCAACUCUCAAUCAAACAAAAAAAAUACUGCUGGCAAAGGAAAGGUUUCUUGUGAUACACGUCAGACGAAACCCACGCAGUGGAAUAUGUAUGGCAGUCAACAGUGGGCUACCCUUGGCAGCAAAAGACAACCGCAAAUUUCAUUUUCAAACAAGGGGAAACCAAAGGUAACACGGAAGUUAUCCUCGCGCAGUCGCAAAACAGUGGACACCAAAGUGACUCUAUCUGUCAGCCAAUGUAGAAAGGCGCUGCAAGUUACAUUGCCUUGCGAAAAUGAUGUUACAAACAUCCCAUGUUUUUCAGACUUGGGUGUCGAAUGUUCAAAUAGACCAGGAAAAACCUGUUCGGAAACUAGUAAAACCAGUGCUAUUCAAUUUUCUGGCUGUUCAGAAACUAGUAAAACUAGUACUAUUCAAAAUUCUGACGAUUUUGAAGCUUUUAAAAACCCCAGAAGAACCUUUACGUCGUUUGAGCAGACCAAAAACUCAAGUAGUGCACAAUGGAAUUUUGGCCAAAGUGAGAAAUCGAAUGCAGUUCAUUGUAACAUAAAGAAAAGAAGUGAAAAAGAGGAUGAAACCAGGAUAAAUGAUGUGUACAGUGAUGAACAUUUUAGUUCAAAGAAGGAAGAAUGUUUAGGUGCCGAAAAACCUGGUGCUCAUUUGAAUCAUGGGAUAAGUAUUGAAGUAAGUCUUAUAAUGUCUGUAUAAUCUACUAUAAUUUAACACUCAAAGAAAAAGUGAACUUAAAACGACGCUUAGAUUGUCUUCACUUUCUCCAGGAAGAACUCGAUGGCUUACAAAAUUCACUAAAAGGCGUGAAGAUGUACAAAGCUGGAAUUCAUUUGAUACAGUUGGCAUCUUCUAUCGAAACCGUUAUGUGCUCUGAAAAACGACCUAAAAGGUACGUACCUCACAUACUAAUUCACUAACUAACUAACUGACUAACUAACUAACAAAUUAAUUAACUAACUAAUUAAUUAAUUGGUUAACUAACUAAUUAGUUAAUUAAUUAGUUAAUUAAUUCAUUAAUCAACUAGUUAACUAACUAACAUUAACUAACUAAUUAACUAACUAAUUAAUUAGUUAACUAAUUAAUUAAUUUGUUCAUUCAUUCAUUAGUUAACUACUUAACUAAUUCAUUAACUAACUAAUUAACUAAUUCAUUAACUAACUAAUUAAUUAAUUAGUUAACUAAUUAGUUCAUUAAUUAAUUCAUUAAUUAACUAAUUUAACUAGUUAACUAAUUUAUUAACUAACUAAUUAACUAAUUCAUUAACUAACUAACUAAUUAGUUAACUAAUUAAUUAAUUAACUAAUUCAUUAACAAAUUAACUAACCUUACUGUACUUGAUAGCUCUAUAUUUAGAUGGUGAUAGCAUACUAUAUUAACAAUAUUCUCUCAUUUGACUGUAGGCUUCAAGGACGUUCAAGUGAGCGACUGCUCGACUCGAUACAAGGAGAAUUAAAACAUUUAGAGGAAUAUAUCUUACGACUUCAGAAACAAUUGAAGGGAAUCGUAAGUGAAACUGGUUUUGUUCAAAUUAGCACUGGAUAGGUUUCCAUAGCUGCGCGAAAAAGCACCUAUCCGAUACGGAAUGUACAACUUUCAGAAUCUGAGUGAAACAACAUCUCUCCGUUGCAAUAAUUCCUCUGAAAAUAGCGUUCCUAAAAGGUACGGAUAGCUGUUUUUCACGUCGCUACGGAAAACUAUCCGUUACAGUGUCAACGUAAUGGCUUAACUUCUCUAUGUUGAAACUGUGGCACAGUGGUGUUUCUGCAUUCACAUCGGAAACCAGAAUUUGGUUGCUGAUUAUAAUUUCAACUCAGUCGCAUGUGAGAUGAAUACUUUCAGUUUCACUUUACCCUGGUGUGUUUUUCAAAACAGAAAAAGCAAGGUGAUGGUAAAGAAGAAAGGAGUGAAGAAGCACAUCGGCGAGGAAGCGAUUUCUCGGAUAUAGUAAGUCGUGUUUAAAUUGUGGGUCGGGACGUCACUGCAGCCAAUUAGCAUGUGAAAUAGCCUGUGUAGCGGCUCUCAGGGGAGGGGGAGGGGACGCAGACUGCACGUGAAAUGGCCAAUAUAUACUGUCCACGCAUUACUCAUUGACACUAAGAUAAAAAUAUAAAGCAACUAAAAUAGAAACUAUUUUUCUCAGACGCGACAGCUGCUUCAAGAGCAACUCAGAAUGUUCAGCUCAAUAUCAAGUGCAGCAGUCUCGCCCACGUCAUCAGCUAGCGUGUCACGUGAACCAAGUCUGUGCUCUGAUACCCCGGAUGUAUUGCGUCAUACUGACGUCAUGAAACUAAGGAAAGAAAUGCAGCAGUUGCGUCAAGACAGUGUCGAACAAAAUGCAUCGGUAAGAUUUUAGAAGUUUUUAGACUUAAUUUGUUGUUGGACUUCGAGGUGUGGAUUAGUGUAUAGGUCACGUACACACGCAAAAAUUCCACAUCUUGUAGCAAGUCUGUCAACAAGUUGUGUUCGCACUGCUUGUCCCAAGUUGUCAACAAGUUUGGAACAAGCUUGAUGGCAUUAUAGACUUGUUACAAGGUUGUUCCAACAAGUCCGAUACAGUCAUGAUAUAACAAUACCGUAUUGUUACACCUUGUGUGGUCAACCUUGUAACAUUCUUGUUAUAUCAUGACUGUAUCAGACUUGUUAGAACAACCUUGUAACAAGUCUGAUAAUGCCAUCGAUCAAGCUUGUUCCAAGUUGUUAACAUCUUGUUCCAAACUUGUUACAACAACUGGGAACAAGCAAUGCGAACACAACUCGUCCACAGCUUGUGAACAGAUUUGUAACAACUUAUUUGCAGACUUGUGACAAGUUGUGCGUUUUUACGUGGCAGUGUAAUCCACAGCCAGUCAUGAUUCAUUGAAAAUCCCUGUUAUCAUGCCAUCCAUUCUUUACUUUGAUCACUGAUGUUUGACCACUAUCUGAUACACGAGCAAAACUCACCAACAGUUACUGUAUUUACCAUUUAUUUUUAGAUGAAAGAAGAGAUUUUAGACGAAGUCAGGGCAGAAAUUAGAAAAUGUUUUAAAGAAUUUCUGAAGCCUGAAUCUUCGUGAAAUAUGGUGAGAGAUGAUAAAUUUAAUGAAAUUCAAUUAUUUAUAUUAACAAAAUAAUUUAAAAUUGUACAGAUGAAGCGAAGGGACGAAUUAUUGACCAGCUGGGGUCAGUCUUCGUAGAAGCAGCCCAAACAUAUUAUGUCAAAUGCACUAUAAUACAUAUCUAUAUUAUGUAAAAUUGUACAGAUGAAUUCAAAUAUUGUAAUUUUGAAUACAAUAAUAUUGAGGUAUUGACUAGGCUCGAUUACCAGCCGGCAUUCGGGAAGCUACCCUGAAUUGACUUCGUAAGGGGAUGUUGGUCAGGGCUGGAAAUAAUAUUUUUCUUUCUGGGACCGAAAGAGAACAACGAAAAAAUUUCUGCGAAUAAUCAAGUACGUCGACUCUCGGACAGUGUGACAUGACUAACAAGUUAUCAAACUGACAACAGAAAAAAAUGCAGGUAUGAUGACGUUCAAUAUUAAUUUUUCAUAAACAAAUAUAUCUUUAUAGUACAUAUAUAAAGUUCUUGAAUAUUUACACAACAAUGUCAAUUUGGUCCCGUUCAACAAAACGUAAUUAAGCGUACUUUAUAUUACACAGAAGAGCUUUCUAGCUGUGAUCACUCAAUCCUUAAUUUAUGAGAAGAUAUUUAACGAAAUGAACAUUAAACCAACUAUCAAAGCCUUUGCAAGAAUUUUACACACGUAAAAACGCACAAGUUGUAAGAAAAGCUGCAGCAGACUUGUAGCAAUGCUGUUCCAACAACUUGUCAACAGGAUGUGUUCGCACUGCUUGUUCCCAGCUUGUUGACAACUUGCUACAAGGUUGUUGAGCUCAACAGACGACAACCUUGUAGUAACUUGAUAAAAUAACAGCAUUGUUACAACUUGUUGACAAGCUUGCCACAAACCUGUUGCGAACACAUCUUGUUGACAAGUUGUAAGAAGUGUACAAGUUUUUACGUGUGUGUACCCAGUUGCCAGCCAAUUUCUCCUAAAUCAAUUCUAAUGCUUGGUUACCUUUGUUCCAUUCUCGGAACAGUUCAGUAACACAAACAGUAUAUGAUUUAUUUAUAAAAUUGGGUGUCAACGACGCAAUUACUUCUAGGUACAUCUAAGUUAUAACUUACUAUACAGUCAUUUAUAUACUGAAUAUAAAUUCGCGAUAUUUCAGUAUUAAUAAUAUAUUCUUAAUGUCCUAUGGCCAUAUCGUCACAAAGCGUAGCUGUGAAUAAAAUCUUUCACUUUUUCUUCAAAUUCUUCCUGUGAAGUUUAAAGAAAAGGAUCAUCAGUGGUAAAUUAUGAGUAAAAAUAUUCUGCUGUGCAGAAAUAAGGUAAUAUCACAACUUCAUUACUCGCAGACAUUAAAAAAUUGGAAAGCAAUUGCUCGCACCUUGCUCUCCCUAUGUUGUUUGGCAGCUUCUGUAUUUAAUGCGUCAUCAAAAUCUAGUAAAUCCUAACGAUAACAAAAAUUCUAGAAGUUUAGAAAUGUCAAACAAAAUUUUUCAAAUUAUCAUAUUGAACCAAAACGAUCUAUUAUACUGCUUACUGUAAAUAGCGAAUUUAUUCCCCAAACUAAAUCCUAUAAAGCAAGGGUAAAAAUGUCGUUGGAAAUGUAAGAGAUUUAUAAUAAUAGCCAGUUCUGUACUGGUAAAAGGUAUAAGCAGGGGGCACUUGGAGCUGCAGCUAGGGCAAGCUGCAGAAGGAGUUUGGGACAGUCUCUGUGAAAGGCUGGGAUAAGGGGAGCAGAGGAAAUUUUGAGAUUUUUGGUACUGUCAUUUAAUCCAAUGAAUAUUUAAAAUUGGGGGUGUUGGACAUUUACUGUUGACAUUAAUAUUUUAGUUAUAUUUGCUCGGACAGGGAAAACUGGGAACGAACGAAAAGAGCGCGAAAAUAGUUGUGGGACACGGGAUUUUAGAGAUAGAGUAUAUACAUGUUAGGAGUUUAUAUUAUGCGAAUUAUACUAUAAGAAAUAAAACUAUCAAAAGUUAAUGAAAGUGAGAAGCAAAUAACAGGGGGGGAGCACAUUUCUCUAGGUGGGGUGGGAAAACUUUCUGAGGGGGUACAAAUUUUUUUUUUGGAGGGGUGUGCACCCCCAGAAAAUCUGUCUGUGAUCUAUGUUAUAUACCUUUAAUUUUCUAGUUGGAGCCCAUCCUGACCCAUCUAUCGUGUGUUCUCUUAACAAACUGAAAGAAAAAGUUGUAAGAAUUCAAUUCCAGGAAAAAAUUCCAAUCUCAAAUCCUGAAUACAACGCGUCUUUUAAAACACAUUCCACAACAAUAAUAAAUUACCUCAAGCAUAUUUGUCCUUCCUCAUUUAUAUUUGGGUGCCAUAUCCUUGUUUUGCAACUUGCUAGUGGCGGCUUUAACAACAAAAAUCACCUCAUUAUGUGUUCGGCAAUACAAACUUGCUGGGAUGAAAUUUUCCAUAUGAGGGCUUCAUCCCAGUUGAACCAAUAAAACAUGUUUUGAGACGUUAAGAUACUGGUUACACCUACUUUUAUGUUAUAUUCUUCUGGGACAUUUAUAUGAAAAUGAAAUGUUCCACCAGACCAAAAUCCUUCCUCUAUAGGAAAACAAUUAAAGAUGAAGUAUGUAUAUGAAUUAUUUUUGGACAAAGUUUAUCUGAUAAUACAUCUGUGUAUAAAUGAAGUAAAAUACCCCUUGCCGGCUUGCCCCCUAAUACGAAAGGGCAGGGAGGGGCACCCCCCUCCAAUAUCCCUGUAUAUUACAUGAAUACCUGGUUUAAUUGUUAAAUCAAAUUCUUUUAAAAUAUCCGGAUCUUUAAAAUCUACUUGACAGGUAUCUAAUGAAGACAGAGAAGUUUACAAAUUGAAGUUAUUCAGCCUAUUCUGGUCAAUAAUCACAUCAUGUUUUGUUGUAUUUUAUAAUAUGUGUUUUUUUGUUCAAUACUUUAACCAAACACAAACCUGGUAAAUUUUCGAUCAUUUCUGGCACUUCUGAAAUAAAGAAUAGCAACAAUGGUUAAAUAUACGAUACGUCGAGUUUGGUAAGCGUUUUUUAAAAUAUAAAGACAGCGUCAGAUAGGCGGUCAAUACUUAAUUUAAAGACUAGUACAUCUAAUAAACGAGCUAACAUUAUUUCUCAGUGAUUCUCACUCAGAUCACUACCUACCACACGAUAUUUCCGUCAGAUGAGAAAAACUUUAACUUUAAUAUGUCAAAAUACCUUUUGUCAACAAAAUGUCUCGAACAGAACGAAGCCUCGAACCUUUAUCCCUUGAUUUGUUUUUCUCUUCACGUAAUUUCUUCGAUAAAGUAAUCAUGGCAAAGCUUUUCAACUUUUUUUUAACCAAACGUCAAGUUUCGGACAACAGGAA